CUCACACACCGACCGUUGCACUCACCUCUGAACUGUCUCACCAUGAAGAUCAUCCUUGCCCUCGCUGUGUUGACUGUGGCUGCGGCCGAACAGCUGCCUCUCGUCAACCCACCCAUUGCCAUCGUGCGGAGCAACCAGGUGAACCCCGACCAGUUCGGCGCCCACAGCUCUGACUUCGAGGCUGCCAAUGGCAUCGUGUUUCAGUUUUCGGGUUCUGAGGGCGUCGCUGGCGGUUCUAACAUGGUUGGCUCUUGGAGUUACCCUCUGGAAGAUGGUACCGUAGCCUCUUUCAAGUUCGUGGCCAACGAGAACGGCUACCAGCCCGAGUCGUCGCUCCUGCCCGUGGCCCCCGCCUUCCCCCACCCCAUCCCCCAGUUCGUCCUCGACCAGAUCGAGUUCGCCCGCCUCGAGGACGAGCGCAAGGCUCGCGAAGGUGCAAAGGCUCUAGCGUAGACUGUUAAAGAGACUGCAACUUUGUUUUAAUUUAAAUUGUUGUUAAAGCUCGAUUCUUUGAACGAUGUAUCUAAAUAAAUACAUGAU